AGAACGUUCGAUUUAUCGGUACUGUAGUGAAACGCGCGUGUUCAGUGUGACCGAGUUUCGGUCUGGGAUAAAACAGAUGUGAGGCGUUGGAAGCACCACGCCUCAAUCCAGGCAGCAACUUGGCUCAACUUACAGCCUUCAUGUUCUGUGCUACAGUAGUGGCAACAGCAUACGAACACAAGGAGCACUGAGUCACAUAACAUAGACACGUAUACAAAGUGCGAUGACGUCAGAGAAAGCACCUUAUCCGGAUCAGCCUCCCCCGUAUUCGGGUGCCGGGGAGGGAGGAGCCCAGCCGGGUUUUGCACCGCCCCCAGGCCAACCUGGCUACCCACCACAGGGUCAACCUGGCUACCCACCACAGGGUCAACCUGGCUACCCACCACAGGGCCAACCUGGCUAUGCACCACCAUCAGUCCAACCAGUCGUCACACCGCCGACCACCAUCGUCGUGACGAGCAUGCAGAUGGGGACGCGGUCGACGCCAGUGCAGUGUCCGCACUGCCAGCAGCACGUGAACACGGUGUGCGAGUACGAGACCGGCAUGUUCGCCUGGCUCAUCGUCGGCGUGCUGUGCCUCGUCGGGUGUUGGCUAGGAUGCUGCCUCAUCCCACUCUGCAUCGACGACUGCAAAGACGUGCGCCACACCUGCCCCAACUGCCGCAACAACAUUGGCAUGUUCAAGCGCUUGUAGGUGGCGCCACCUGGUCUCUUCGUCUACGUUUUCCAAUCGGUGCCGACAACAACGGGUCCGGCGAUGCGUCAGCGCUUGGCCUCUUCUUGCUGGGCCGGUGCUGCUAAUAAUAAUAUAAUGUUUCAGAAUUUACCAAUAUUUGUAGAUGGCCGAUGAUUGAAGAAAGUUGCGUGGUGGUGGUCGCGUGGGUGACUGGCGCAAACUGUCUGUGGCAUUGACCGACUGACUAGCUUUGUGCGAAUUGUCUGUCACACAGCCAGAUGGCAGGAGAAGUCACAGUAGCGAUGUGAGAUGGCAUGUGUGAGUAGUGACAGACUUGCUGUGGGUGGUGUGGCAGCAUGUGUGAAUGGUCUCAGACUUUAUCUGAGUUGUGUGGCAGCAUGUGUGAGUAGUCACAGGCUAGGUGUCGGUCGUGAGACUGCAUGUGUGACUGGUCACAGACUUAAGUGUCUUGUGACUUGGGUCGUAUUUAUGUACGUACAUCCCUACGUGCUUGGAGCACAUAUUUAUUGGUAAACGAUUUCGUGGUAGUUCAUCUUUACUAACUUGAUACAUGAACACACAUCCACAUGAAUAAUUACACAUAAAUUUACACCCAUUAAUAGAUUUGUCGUGCACACACCUGACAAUUCUGUGAGUGCCAUGGUUCGGCGCGACCAAAUAUGCUUUUUAUGUAUUAUUACUAGUGUUGGGCAAAAUCAUCUUACGAGUCUCGGUUACGUAUUCGUAUGUGUCUAUUCUCUCAUUUUGUACUCGAUAUAUAUUUUACAGUAGUUUGUAUUAAUCACAACAUUAGAAACGAAUGGAAUUUUUAGUUGUAUUCUAACAACGUCUAAUUUAGUGAUGGAUUACCAUCCUGUUUAUGAUAUUUUAUUACUGAAUACGAUAGAAUGUGCCUGACAGAAUUGUAAUUCUUGCAAAAAGUUACAGUAAAGUAAUAAUAAUUUUGGCAUAACACGGUAUCGCUGAGGGAGGAUUAUAUUCUCGUUGUAGACGUUUAUGGAAUAAAAUCGAUUUUAAACUAGAA